AUGAGACGUAAGAGGAAUUUCAAUGGAUGUUGGACAUGUCGAAUAAGGAAAGUCAAAUGUGAUGCUAUGAGACCAACAUGUGAAAGAUGUGCCAAAGCAGGAAUCGAAUGUGAAGGUUAUGGAAUCAAAUUGGCAUUCUAUCAAUUAUUGACCAUAAAAAAUGAUGAAUUGAUAGAUAUUAAGACUGAUGAUAUCAAGUAUCAUAGAAGAACAAUAGACUUUUGUAAAUUUCCAAGAAGCCAAUUAUAUGAGACAUUUGAUGAAUUAGAUGACAUCGUUCAUAAGCUAAGUGAAUUUGAAGGCAAGCAAAAUUUUUCAAUUGGUCCAUUUGCAGUUUAUCAUGAUAUCAAAGGUAAGGCAUCUGAAAAACUCCCCAUUGGAAAUGAAAAAGCUAUCAACUCAAUUCUGGAUAACACAAUCCAAGAAAUAUCCCCCACACCUGAUGAGCCUGAAGAAACUACCAUUAAAGUGAGGAGUAAUUUAAUUCAUGAAGAUUUAUUGAAAUAUGCCAAAUUAUCGAUCUAUGGUAUUAAGGGAACGAACUAUAAAAUCAAUGAUCAGAACAUUUAUCACAUCUUAUAUCCGACAUUUUAUCCCAACAUUGAUUCUGAUGAUUGGCAACCCAAAGAUUAUUUCACUUAUUUGAUUGAUAAGAGUAAUGGUAUACAUUUGAGUGAUCAAUUCCUUACAAUAAUUCGAAAUUUCAAGAAUAUUGAGUUUUCCUUUUGUAAAGUAAAGUUCGAAGACCCUUGGAAGAUCCAUGUUAUGCCAUAUUUACAAAAUAUGAUCUUUGAAUUUCUCAUUGAUUUACCUACAGAAUCAUUGACGGGUGAGUUGAAGAAAGUUAUAGUAUAUUUGAUAAUAAGUCUAAAUUCAUUCAUGUUGAGUAAAGAUAAGUAUAAUAAGAUUGAUGAGAACAUCAAGAUUAGUAUUAAUUGCAGGAAAAUAUCAUUAAACCUUCUCAAUUAUCAUUUAGAUGAAUAUGAUAGUAAUGUUGAUAUGAAAAAUGACGAAUAUAAUGUGCUUCUAUUGAUUUGUAUAAUAUUACAAAUAGAAAUCGAUACUUAUUUGAAUAUUUUCGAAAAUUUCGAGUUAUUGUUUUCAAUAGGUGAAUUCAUUUCAAUUCAGGAUAAUCAUAAUAAAGAAUUUAGUAACUUAAGAUUGAUAAUAUUCACUAUAUUCAAAAUCAUGUAUACAUUUUUCAUUUCAACACAAAGAGUUACUCAAUAUAAUUAUCAAAUUAGUGACAAACAUAUGGUAAAUUAUAGAGAUUUAAAUGAUGACUAUGAUUUGAGUAAAGUAGAAUUUGAAAAUCCGGUAAUCAUUGAAGAUGUUGAAAAUGAUAAAAAGUCUCUUCUUGAUGAUGAAGACUAUAACAAUUAUGACAAUGAUGAUUUUGAACCGGAGAAAUCCAAUGUUUUAAGUGAAAAUUCUAUUUAUCUUAUGUAUGGAUUACCAAAAUCCUUAAUAGCAUUAUUCGAACAAAUGGUUCAUUUAACUAAUCAUAAAAGAAUAUUCAAAAUUCAAAGUAAAUAUUCAAGAAACUUCCCAAAACUAUGUAGUGAAAUAGAAGAAAAGUUGGAAACUUGGGAGAUCAAAUGGAAACUAGGAGAUAGUAAGUUCCAUAAAAUGUUAAGGUUAAACAUUGAAAUCUUCCAUUGUAGUUUGAAAGUCUAUUAUAAUAGAUUAAUAAAAAACGAAGUUCAUCAACAUUUGAUUGAUAGAAUAUUCAAACACAUUGACGAAUUAACACAAUUAUCAGGUAUAAACAAUGACAUAAAAUUACCUUACUGGAUAAUGGUAAUUAUAAGUUGUGAUAAUAAUAGUACUGAUACUUUUAAUAAGAAAUUAUUCAAUCAUACUUCAACUUAUUGGCGUAGUAAACAAGUAAUGAUUGAAAUCAAUAACAGGAAACUUACAGAUCCAAUUAGUUGGAUGGAAUUAAUCAGAGAAUGGGACAUUAUCUUAUAUUUAGGAUAA